UUUUUCUCCUUCUCAAAACCCGGUCCUUCCUCUGCUCGCCUCCAGGAUCCGAUGAUCACAGGGCAGCUGAGCAAACCGCUGCUCCCCCUGCGUGCCGAUAUGGACGCCUGCGAGCUGCGGGAUGACGACAAAGCGGCCAGCCCGGACAGCGAGCUCAACGACGAGCCCUUGCUGCAGUCAGCUGACACUGACUCGGACGAGAAGAUGAUGUAUGGGGGGAGAGUUGGUUCGGUUCAGUCUGAUACAAGCAGCAGCCCCACAGAACAUGGUCAUGUGGGCCAAACUCACCCUACGUACCCAGUAGGACCACAGUCUCUACUGGUUGCCCAGCAGCUGGCAUCGGCUGUUAGUGGAGUGAUGUCUGGUGGUGCCCCGGGUCUGAACCAACCCAUUCUGAUCCCCUUUAAUGCUGGUGGGCAUCUGGGUGGGCAGCAGGGCCUGGUUCUGUCUCUGCCCACCGCUGCCAACAUACAGGGCCUGGUGGCAGCUGCUGCUGCUGGAGGAAUCAUGACACUCCCCCUUCAGAACCUGCAAGCUACCUCAUCCCUUAACUCACAGCUCCAGCAUCUUCAACAGCUCCAGCAGCUUCAGCAUCACCAGCAACAGCAACAGCAUCAUCAUCACCAUCAACAACAACAGCAGCGGGAACGAGAGCAUCGUGAGCGAGAACGAGAACAACAACGAGAACGAGAGCAACAGCAACAGCUCUGUGGCCCAACGCAUCUCCAGCCACCCAGUCAUCAUCAGCUCACUCCUCCGAUCCAAUCACAAGUGACUGGGCCUACGCCAAGCUCCACCUCCACCAAUCAUAACUCAGCUCAGUCUCCCCAGUCUCCACCCACUCACAGGCAAAACCAAUCACCAGCUCGUAGCUUGCCCUCACCUGUCACACCUCCUCUGCCACUACAGCUUAACCCUCUGGCCAGUCAGGCAGCGGUUGCUGCGGCAGCAGCAGCGAUGGGUUCAAUCGCCGGAUCACAAGUGUUUGGUAAUGCACUCUCAAGUCUGCAGGGGGUCACUGGGCAGCUGGUCACCAAUGCACAAGGACAGAUCAUUGGUACAAUCCCUCUGAUGCCAAACUCUGUUGGACCUUCCAGCCAAUCAGGGGGUGGCACGCCCUCACUGCAGGUUCAGCCAAUCACACCACAGCUGCUGACGAAUGCGCAGGGUCAGAUUAUAGCCACUGUGAUUGGCAACCAGAUCCUGCCAGUCAUCAACACCCAGGGAAUUACAUUGUCACCUAUUAAACCUGGACAGCAGAUGCCGCAGGCCGCUCAGACUCCAAAAGCUCCUCCUGUGUCUCAGCCGAGUCUGCUCCGUAUGCCCCACAGUCAAAGCCCCCUCCGGCAGCCCUCCUCCUCCUCCUCAACAUCAUCAUCUUCCUCCUCGGCUCUCAGCGUCGGACAGCUAGUCAGCAAUCCUCAGACUGCUGCCAGUGAGGUGGAUGGUGUAAACCUGGAGGAGAUUCGAGAAUUCGCCAAAGCGUUUAAAAUUCGUCGGCUGUCUCUGGGUCUGACUCAAACUCAGGUGGGCCAGGCUCUCAGUGCAACUGAAGGCCCCGCCUACAGCCAGUCUGCCAUCUGCAGACACACCAUCCUGAGAAGCCACUUUUUUCUACCACAGGAAGCCCAAGAGAACACUAUAGCUAGCAGUCUGACAGGUAAACUGAACCCUGGCCUUUUAUAUCCUGCCAGGUUCGAGAAGUUGGACAUCACCCCAAAAAGCGCCCAGAAGAUUAAGCCCGUGCUGGAGCGCUGGAUGGCCGAGGCGGAAGCCCGCCAUCGCUCCGGUAUGCAGAACCUGACCGAGUUUAUCGGCACAGAGCCCACCAAGAAGCGCAAACGCCGGACCUCUUUCACGCCGCAGGCCCUGGAAAUCCUCAACAGCCACUUUGAGAAGAAUACUCAUCCCUCCGGUCAGGAAAUGACGGAAAUUGCGGAAAAACUAAACUAUGAUCGUGAGGUGGUGCGUGUCUGGUUCUGCAAUAAGAGACAAGCGUUGAAAAACACCAUAAAACGACUGAAGCAACCGGAGCUUGGGCCUGUCGCAGCUAUGGACCCUCUGAUUGAUAACAUGGAAGAGCAUCCUUAACUUGACACCAUAUCUAAGUGAUGACACAAAUACAGAACAAUGGAGAAACUUCUGAUGUUGUGGUCUGAAAGACCUGGACGAUUAGUUUCCAAAGUACCAUCAACUGGAUAGACUGUCGACAAAGGCGAAAAUUAGCUGACUAUUUUCAGUGUUAUCAUCACAAGUGAGAAACAAAUGCAAACACCAAAAAAGUCAUAAAAAAAGUUUCUGAAUUGUAUGAGAAUGAAAAGUAUAGAGGACUGAUGCAUAAGCAGCUUGUGAAAGGAAAGAGUUCUCUUAAAUUGGAAUUAAGAACACGGAUCAUAAUUCAAUCAAGGAUGUAAGGCAGAAACUACUUACCAAAGUUUGUUGCAUCAGAUUCCUGAGGUUUUUUUGUUUCUAUGUUUGUUUGUUUUUUUCAUUGUGAAUGUGUUUUUACAUUUUUACUGGGGAAAAAAUGUAAAAACAGAAAAAGAUUUGUGUGGUGGUGUAGGUUGGUGUGACAUUUAAUCUUUGUCUUAUUUUAUCACUUAGGUUUUCAUGUAAAUAUUUAUUGUACUCUUUCACCAAAUUGAGAUCUCAAGUUUCAAAAAUAUCUUUGAAAUUUUUAUUUCAUUCAAAGAUUGUUUGUUUUUUCAUUGUUACAUGUCUGCUUUCCAGAUAAGACCAUUGUCUAUUGCUGUGUCAUAAAGCAUUCAUUUAAAAAGACUGCACUUGGGAGGAAUGGGUUAUUGGACAAACAUCUAUAUUUUGCAAGGAGAUUCUCAGUGAACAUAGAUAUCCACAUUUGUUGCAGCAGUCUUCAAAAACAAUUUUAUGGUAUUGCCAAAGCCUCCUAGCCAAAGAACACAAUUUUUUGGCCCAAGGACCUGUGUCAUACCUUGGCCUGAACAUUCUCAAACCAUUUUUGUUCUUUCAUGUGCCCAAAGUUUCAUUACUUGUCACUCUAUAUGUAAUGUAUUUAACAUUUUGAAUUAAUUCAGAUAAAUUACUCAAUUUAAAAACUGAUCACUUGAGUUAU